GGCCUGAUCGAACCCUGGAGCCGCCCCUGCUCGGGCGGAAGCUCCUCCCCGGUUUACCCGCGUGGCUGAAGAUGGCGUCUCCCAUGGCGAGCCAAGUAAUCCGAGAUUUGCCUUUGCUCAGAGCCACCCUGCUCAGGAGGCGCAAUCCGGGUAUUCAGUUAACUCCUAGACGAUGGCUAAACCUGCAAGAAUACCAGAGUAAGAAAUUGAUGGCUGAUCAUGGGGUCACAGUUCAGAAAUUCUUCGUGGCUGACACUGCAAAUGAUGCUAUUGAGGCUGCUAAAAGAUUACAAGCAACAGAAAUUGUGUUGAAGGCUCAGAUCUUAGCUGGAGGAAGAGGCAAAGGUGUGUUCAGCAGCGGUUUGAAAGGAGGUGUACAUUUAACAAAAGACCCUAAAGAGGUAGGACAGCUUGCUAAACAGAUGAUUGGAUAUAAUCUUACAACGAAGCAAACUCCAAAAGGUGGUGUUAAAGUUAAGAAGGUUAUGGUGGCAGAAGCACUAAACAUUUCCAGAGAGACAUAUUUUGCAAUAUUAAUGGAUCGAGCUUGCAAUGGACCUGUUCUUGUUGGUAGCCCACAAGGUGGGGUUGAUAUAGAAGAAGUAGCUGCAAAAACUCCAGAACUUAUUUUCAAGGAAGAAAUAGAUAUUUUUGAAGGGGUAAAGGAUGCUCAAGCAGUACGGCUGGCAGAAAAUUUGGGAUUCAAAGGGCCUUUGCAGCAGCAGGCAGCAGAUCAAAUAAAGAAGCUAUACAGUCUUUUCCUACAAAUUGAUGCCACUCAGGUGGAGGUGAAUCCCUUUGGUGAAACUCCAGAAGGACAAGUGGUAUGCUUUGAUGCCAAGAUAAACUUUGAUGACAAUGCUGAGUUCAGGCAAAAAUCCAUAUUUGCCAUGGAUGACAAAUCUGAGAAUGAACCAAUAGAAAAUGAAGCUGCCCAUUACGACUUAAAGUACAUAGGUCUGGAUGGAAACAUUGCCUGUUUUGUAAAUGGCGCUGGACUUGCAAUGGCAACCUGUGAUAUAAUUUCCCUUAAUGGUGGAAAACCUGCCAAUUUCCUGGAUCUUGGUGGAGGCGUGAAAGAAGCACAAGUGUAUCAAGCCUUCAAAUUGCUCACUGCAGAUCCCAAGGUUGAAGCAAUUUUAGUAAAUAUAUUUGGUGGAAUUGUCAAUUGUGCCAUUAUUGCCAACGGUAUCACCAAAGCUUGCCGAGAGCUUGAACUGAAAGUGCCUCUAGUGGUCCGGCUUGAAGGAACAAAUGUUCACGAAGCCCAGCGCAUUCUGAACGAAAGUGGACUUCCCAUUACUUCUGCAAGUGACCUUGAAGAUGCUGCUAAGAAAGCAGUGGCUUGCGUGACAAAGAAAUAAAGAGAAAUGACACCAGAGAUGACAUUCCCGAGCUGCCAUUGAAGACAUGAUUUUAACCAGCCACGAGCACCGAGAUUUGGCUUAAGUGUCCUGUUAAUCACAAACUGCAAAAUAUUCAGUGGGUGAAAAGCAAACUUGGAAUUUCAUUUAUUACACAGAAACCUUUAUUUUUCAAUAUUGGGACUGAAUGUUCUACAAGCAAAUAUGAGUAACUACUGUCAGUUGCCAUUUAGGGUUUCUCUUUUUAGGUGUUAAUUGCUUGUGACUCUCAAUUUUUCUAAGAUGCUUUGAUGCAUCCUUAAUGUGAAAAAAGGAUAUUUGAUCACCGUUGGCCCUUGGUUAGGGAUUGUUCUCAAGCUCUAAGGAACUACUAGGGCGAUAUCAAAGUUUAGAAGGGAGAUGCCUUUUCCAUAUCAUGUGGAGAACUUCCAAAAUUAGGGGUAUGAUGUGGCUUGGGAACCUGAUAUUUGAAAUACAAACAAUCAUAACGUCUAAUUCAGGCAUGCCAGAAGCUUCCACUGUGCCUCCCGUAGCUCUCUGAAUUCCAAAUAAUAUUUAAUAACAUUUUCCAAUUAGGGCUAGAGCAUCUUUAUAUUACAUAAUUGGAAAUAAAUGAAUGUAAUUAGAUUUCUACCACCAUCAUGUCAAACUUAUUAUAAAAUGCAAUGAUUGAUAUCCAAUGUAUUAGAAGAACAUUCAAAAUUGUAGUUCUGUGAAAGAGUCAUUUUUUAUUGUCCUAUAAAUUCACAUGUGAAUGCUUUAAGUACUGAAGGAGAAUUACACACCCUAAUGUCACAUUUGGCAGUAUCCGUGAACAUAUGCAUCCAAUUAAUAUUCACUGUCUUUAGAAAUCAAUAUGUAUAGUAGCUUAAAAUAGUCUUAUCAUGAAGAAAUCUAGCAGGGUGAUUCCUUAAGGUAUUUGUGCUGUUAUUCUAAUGUUAUUAAUCAGAAUUGAUAAUAGUCAAAACUAUCAGGGAACCUGCUGUCAUCAGAAAGAAUAUGAAAAAUAAAUUGAGGAGUGAUCCCACCUAAGCGCUUUUAUAUUCUGUGAAUUUCAGUGCAAAUGUUCACCAACUGCAACAUCUUCAUACUGAAGUAAAGUGGAUUUCCAAGUGCUUUAACUUUUGCUUGAUUGUGCCUUUGAUGUUUGGGAAAUAUGUAUUCACAAAGUGCAAAGGCUAUCAAAUUAAUUCAAUAACCACAUUAAAGUGUUUAAUUAACAAUGGAGUUUUGCAAUUCAAGAUACUUGUUGAAAUCAGAAGUAGGGUUAUAAACAAUGUUAUUCAACUGACAAGCCAAGAAUUUAUGUGAUUUUUUAAUAGUAAAGAAUAUGAAUAUUUUUUGGUUUACUACAAUUAAACACUAUUAAUAAAUUUCCCCUGGGAAUACUCAUUUGAA